CGGUAACGUUAAAUUCGACACACGAUUCAGUGGAAGCAGUCGUUACAGACAGCGUACUACGUACUUUCCCCCCAUCUGCUGUGUAGUUACAUUAAAUAUGAGCGACAACGAGAAAGAAUUCAGGGAGCAGGUUGAGGUUGGAAGAAAGAAAAAGGCUGAAGACGUGUCAGAUGUGAAGUUGUUAAUAUUUGAAGCUGAUGGUGUUGAUGCAUGCUAAUGUAUUGGAUGCUGAAAAGAAGCGGUCAAGAUCUGUCCCCACUACUAGUGUUGUAAUGGCAGAUGGUAAAUGGGGGAAGAGGAGGAAAAAAGAAGUCGUAAUGUCAAACAGAAGAAAGAAGAAAUGAAGGGUUGUUUUGAAGUAAUGAAGUUUAAGAAGUUAUGAAGUUAAGGUCAGAAGUUUACCAGGGUAUGAGUAAUUUCCUAACAGCCUUCUAUGUUAUUACUCUGUUUCAUCCUGUUUCUUUCUCUUACGCAUGCACAAUUUUUUUCCUCUCUGUAUCAGAAACAUAACUGUUCAAUCCCUCCAUAUCUUUUUGUGUCUCAGUAUUUCAGCUAAAUUAAUUUCUACUUCAAAUAUUUGUUUCAAUGUGUGACCUUUAUAUAAUCAAAUUCUUAAAUAUUUAGUGUCAAACGUGUUAAACUCCAAAAUAUAAUGAACUCUUUCUGAAAGGGACACAUAGAGGGCAAAUCCAGUCACCUCCUGGCCCUUUUGUUCUUGAUUGCCACACACUUGGCUUUUGAGUGUUUCUUACCUCAUUAUCUGAUCUGUCCAGGACUCGCAGCCUGGCUCAAGGAGUGCGUCCCCUCGGGGCUCAGCGACAUCCACCAGCCGCUCACCAGCACGCUCCAGAGAUAGCUCCCAUCAUUCCAGGUCCAGAUCUCGUUCUCGAUCCAGAUCAAAAUCCAGGUCCCGUUCCCAUCGAAGUUCACGUAGACACCACUCCCGCUCUCGUUCCCGUUCCCACCGACGCCGCUCUAGGAGCCGAUCUCGUAGCUGGCACCGGCGAAGAAGCCAUAGCCGUUCCCCCAUGUCAAAUCGUCGUAGACACAUUGGCAACAGGGCCAACCCAGAUCCCAACAGCUGUCUUGGUGUAUUUGGAUUGAGUCUGUACACCACUGAGAGGGACCUCAGGGAGGUCUUCUCUAAGUAUGGCCCUUUGAGUGACGUCAACAUCGUGUAUGAUCAGCAGUCUCGUCGUUCAAGAGGCUUUGCCUUUGUCUACUUUGAAAACUCUGAGGACUCCAAGGAGGCUAAGGAGCGUGCUAACGGAAUGGAGCUUGAUGGGCGUAGGAUCCGAGUAGAUUUCUCCAUUACAAAACGAGCCCAUACUCCCACUCCUGGAAUCUACAUGGGACGCCCGACAUAUGGUGGUGGCGGCGGCGGCGGCGGUGGUGGUGGCGGCGGCGGCGGUGGCGGUAGUAGUAGUGGUGGUUCAUCACGGCGCACCUCAAGAGACUACGACAGGGGCUACGACAGAGGCUAUGACAGAGGUUAUGAUCGUGAUUAUGACCGCUAUGAUGACAGAGAAUACAGAUCAUACAGACGCAGAUCUCCUUCUCCUUAUUAUAGCAGAGGGUACCGCUCACGAUCCCGCUCACGGUCCUACUCACCACGUCACUACUGAGCAGCGAGAGAAGAGACGUUGACAGAUUCAGCAUUAUUGCUCGGAUGUUUGUCUUUUUAUGUUUUUUGACUCGAUAUUAUGUGUGUUAAAAAACAAGUUUGUUGGAAGAAUCAUGAACAAAUUGUUUUGCCAAAAAUCUUGAAUGGCAUAAAAUAGGCUCAAGUAGACAUAGGCAGUUCUCCACAUCUGCAUUUGUUCAUUGGCUAAUUUUUCCACUGACUUUUAAUGAAAUUUGUAGUAAUUUUUGGGUAUCUCUGUUCCAGCUAAGAAACAGGUAUUGAAGAUACAGCCUGUUGGCAGUGGUAAUUACUAAGGGCUGGCUUGUCUGUGCUUUGCUCAACAGACUUUUCUGUGGCAGUUACAAUUUCUCAUUUUGUUUUUGUAUGUAGUUGGUUUCUCAAACUAUCAAGAUCCUAGUUUGUUCUUUGACUAUUUUAAAUGCCGUGUUUCUUUUUAAUUUUGUCUUUUUCUGGUGGAAAAUACUUUUUGGUUGUGUAUAUAAGCAAUAAAAAAACUACCUGGG